AUGGGCUUCUCCGCCCUGGUCGCCAGCGCCCUGUGCACCUUCCUGCUGCCCCUGCUACUCUUUCUGGCCGCCGUCAAGCUCUGGGACCUGUACUGCGUGAGCGGCCGCGACCCCAGCUGCCCGCUCCCGCUGCCCCCGGGCACCAUGGGGCUCCCCUUCUUCGGGGAGACGCUGCAGAUGGUGCUGCAGAGACGGAAAUUCCUGCAGAUGAAGCGCAGGAAAUACGGCUUCAUCUACAAGACUCACCUCUUCGGGCGACCCACGGUGCGGGUGAUGGGCGCCGAGAACGUGCGGCACAUCCUGCUGGGCGAACACCGGCUCGUCUCCGUCCAGUGGCCCUGGCUGGGUGCCGCCGGGCCCUGCUUGCUGGUGUACCCCGAGGUGAAGCGCCUCAUGUUUCGCAUCGCCAUGAGGAUCCUGCUGGGCUUCCAGCCCCGCCAGGCCAGCCCCGACGGCGAGCAGCAGCUGGUGGAGGCCUUCGAGGAGAUGAUACGCAACCUCUUUUCCCUCCCCAUUGAUGUGCCCUUCAGCGGGCUCUACCGGGGCUUGCGGGCACGCAACAUCAUCCACGCCAAGAUUGAGGAGAACAUCCGUGCCAAGAUGGCCCGCAAGGAGCCUGAGGGUGGCUACAAAGAUGCGCUGCAGCUGCUGAUGGAGCAUACACAGGGCAAUGGGGAGCAGCUCAACAUGCAGGAGCUGAAGGAGUCUGCCACAGAGCUGCUGUUUGGGGGCCAUGAAACUACUGCUAGUGCCGCCACGUCGCUGAUUGCUUUCCUAGGGCUCCACCACGAUGUCCUGCAGAAAGUGAGGAAAGAGCUGCAGGUGAAGGGGUUACUGUGUGGUCCUAACCAAGAGAAGCAGCUGGACAUGGAGACCUUGGAGCAGCUGAAGUACACAGGCUGUGUCAUCAAAGAGACCCUCAGGAUGAGCCCUCCUGUUCCUGGAGGAUUUCGAAUUGCACUCAAGACCCUUGAGCUAAACGGUUACCAGAUCCCUAAAGGUUGGAAUGUUAUUUACAGUAUCUGUGAUACCCACGAUGUGGCAGAUCUCUUUACCAACAAGGAUGAGUUUAACCCAGAUCGCUUCAUGUCUCCAUCUCCAGAGGAUUCUUCCAGGUUCAGUUUCAUCCCCUUUGGUGGGGGCUUGAGGACCUGCGUGGGCAAAGAGUUUGCAAAAGUCCUUCUGAAAAUAUUUACAGUGGAGUUGGCUCGGAGCUGUGACUGGCAGCUGCUGAAUGGACCUCCUACAAUGAAAACGGGCCCCAUAGUGUACCCUGUGGACAAUCUGCCUACCAAAUUCAUAGGUUUCAGCGGCCAAAUCUGAGAGCUCAACGCUUGCCUCCGGCUGGAUUUCUAUAUAGCAUCUAAUAUGUACAUAGCAACUUUUUAUAGUAACAAAGGCCUUUAAAUAUUUAAACUUGUAAAUGUACAAUAGUUAUUUAUGUCUUCUAAAUAUUUCAAAAGGCUAUGAUUUUUUUCCCCCUCAAGCACUACAAUUAUGGGUCUCUGAUUCAUAAUUAGAUAAUGUUAUUUCUAUAGAAAUAAGCUUCUUCCUAUUUAAAAAUCUUAUUGAAAGCUGGCCAGCUAAGCAUUUGAAGACAUUUCACGAUGGUGUAUGUAUUAAGAAAUAUUCUUAAAGGCGUUUGAAACAAUGCUACUCAUCCAGAUUACCUAAAAUGGUUAUUGUUUGAGAAUGUUUUCAGUAUUAUUUGUGUCUAGAUCUUAUGUUUAAUGUGUGAAUUUUAAGUUUGAUAAUAAAGUUUAUUUUUUAUGA